CCGCGUGCGCUCUCGCGCCGUGUUUUGCGAUACCAAACCUUAGCGUUAUAUUUCUCGUGUUUUGUUAGCUUUCAUUGCUACUUGCAGCAGAUAUGGAGGCGUUAAACCAGCUUAUGUUGGAGUAUCCUGAGUUAAUGUACAGUGGAGUCGGAGCUACGGCGUCUGUCGCCGUUGGAGCGCUGAUAUACAAAAUUGCCACCAGGAAAAAGCCAUCCCACGCAGACGUGAACUGCUGGUUUUGUAAUCAGGAUUCUGUGGUGCCCUUUGGGAACAGGAACUGCUGGGACUGUCCCAAUUGUGAUCAAUACAAUGGCUUCCAGGAGAAUGGGGAUUACAACAAACCCAUCCCGGCUCAGUACAUGGAGCAUCUUAACCACGGAGUAUCUGGUGGCCUUCCCUCGACAGCCAAGCCACAGCAAGGGGUUAACAGUCAGAUGCUCUUGUGCAGAAAGUGCUCUAAGAACCAGACUGUCGUAAUAAAGCAGCUGGCCUCAUUUGUCCCCCGGGAUGAUGACAACUACGAUGAGGAAAUCGAGGCAUACAAGCACCACCUGGAGCAGACCUAUAAGUUAUGCAGGCCUUGUCAGACAGUAGUAGAAUACUACAUAAAAUAUCAAAACCGGCAACUUCGAACCGUGCUCCUAAACCAUCCGCUUCGACGCAGCGGAGAAUCAGACAAGGGCUUCAUAAAGAGCUCCCAUUCUGUGUCUUCUCCCACUGGGGUCGUACUGUUACGGACCCUUACCUUCCUGAUUUGUACUUUCCUAGUUGCUACAUCUUUGUGUGACUUGCCAUACCAGCCUACAUCGCUUAGUGGCCCACAGACAUUAAGUGGUGGGGUCAUUCCUCCAAAGCCCAAACCUCACAAUGAGUCCAGCCCCAACAACGACACUAGUGGAGACGUGCCUGUAUGGCAGGGUCUGCAGGAGCUGCUCCCAGAUGAGGUCGUAGAUAAUGUGAAGCUGGUUUGGCAGCAUGGAAAGGACAACCAGUUGGCUGUAGUCUCCGUUGGCCUGCUGACUUGUCUUACUGCUAUCUUCUUAGCAGGAUCUGUGAGGUUGAGGAGAAUUGAUGCUGUAGCCUCUGUCUUGUGGUUCCUCGUCCUGUGCCUCCACCUGGCUGAGGGCUACUCGACUGAUGCCUCGGGCUGGAUGGACAUUGCCAAGCUCGGCACUGUCUCCCUCUGUUGCCUAGUCAGCUUUGCCGCUGCUGUGGCAACUCGCAAACCACUGGGUCCAAGAAGAGCCAGAUAUCGAAGAUACCUUGCAGGCAGCGCUGCUGGCCCCCCCCUCAGCAGCCAGCCUCCUUUGCUUUCUCUGGACUUGGCAGACUCCUUCGUCCUGACGCCGCCCCCCAACCUCUUCAAGCUCAUGCACUGCCAACAGAGUCCUCACGAGCGCAAGGCCUCCCCCUCCUCUCUGCCGGGGCGCCUCAGCCGAGCCCUCUGCCUCGGCACCACCCCCUCCCUCACCAGGACAGAUUCUGGUUACCUGUUUAGUGGAAGCAGACCAGCCUCCCAAUACAAAGACUCCCUGCCCUCAGAUUACUUUUCACUGAUGUCUGGGAGCCGCCCGUCAUCCCCUGGCCCCUCUCCACCUCCUUCAGUAGCCGGGUCGGUGACAUCCAGUUCAGGUUCUGCCAGACAACGGCGCCCCCUCAUCAGCCCGGCUCGCCUCAACAUCAGUGGUCGGAAACUCCGGCUUUUCUCCACGGAGCCAGAACCGGCACUCAUGUCCCCGUCAGUGUCUUCGUCACAUUUCCAUGCAAAGUCGGCCUCUUCCAUUUACAGUGGCUGCUUUUCACCUGACACAUCACCCUUCCAAAGCCAGAACGAUUUGAGUUCUUUUUUGAGGGACGGUAGUAUGAUUGAAGAGGAAGAGAGGCGGGGCAGCUCCUCGGAGUCUUCCGCAUGCUUAGUCGGCACUACUACGCAGGGACCGGAGAACACCCCUCCUCCUAAAGGUUUGAUAAAACGUCUUAUCUGGCCUGGCCUUUUGUUGGUCAGCUUGACAUCCAACCUGUUUUUUGCCGGCCUCUACGUGUACUACAACUGGAGAUGAACUGUGGAUGGGGUCUGCUGCUGUUCUCAUGUGACCUGCACAGAGUGAGUUGACAACUGUGACGCGUCUGUGGACCUGGAGGUCAUUAAGCAAUGUCAGAAAAACAUCACAUUUCUGCCAGCUACUUGCUGUUUGCCGGUGCUUAGGGAAAUACAGACGUCAGCUGUCUUCAACAGCGUACCUUCCAUUAGCUUGGAGUUACGAGAAAACUGUGUGGUCAAAAUCAAAUAUUACGCCUUUUGAUUUAAUGUGAUUAAAGACUGCUUUUUUUAUUUAUUUUUUUGGGAUCUGGCCUUGUUUUGUCUUUUGGUUUGUCACUGCUCCUCUUACAUGAACACAGGCACAUGUGUAAUUGAUUUAAAAGACUCAAUUCUUGCACUGACGCUUAAAAAAAAGUGCAAUAAACGUACUGUUGAGUUGACGCUGCUUGGACGCAGAGGUUCAUGUCUUACCCACUGAUACUGAUUGUGACGAGUGCAUCACUUCUCCAAACCGAGUGACAUGUCUGGUUCUCUUUAAUGGCCAAAACUCAACGUUAGCAUGUUGUGUUUGUGGUGCAUAGUUAGUUCUGCAUUUUGGAAAUUUGUAAGAAUUUUUACUUUGUAACAUCAUAAUUUCACAACACUGAUGUUUGCCAUUAUCAAAGACUGGUGUGUCAAAUUAUCCUAUUAUGUUGUUUUGUAAUGCAGUUUACAGUCAACAUUUAUUCAAUUAUUUUAUCGUUUUUUAUAUUUCAUACCAUGGUGACACAUGUCACAAUCAUUCACUACAGAAAUGGUUCUCUUUCACCAAAACCAUUUAUUUUUCCAGUAAUCGCUCAUAGAUAUCCUGUUUCCAGGUCGUAAGGGGCAACACUCUGACAGUCAAGUGCAAUAUGUAUUUAAAGAAAUCACCUUCACAGUUACACGAUGUUUAGAUUAAAGUUCUACUCCUAACUGAGCCGUGGACUAAUUUAUAGAGACAUUUUCUUAUAACUUGUAGUCAAACAUGUUAAAUUUGAAUGCGUUUGCACUCGUUUCUUCUGAGUUGUAUGUCCACUUUUUGUGGUUGGUUGUGUUCUAUUUUGAAUAUGUGAUUUAAAAUUGCUUUUUUAAAGUUGAAGUGCACAGAUGUGUGAUUAUUGUCUGUGUGUAUGUUGAUUAUGAGUUACAAAAAGUUGUACAUUUUAGACCUAUGUAAGAUGUUUGUAAACACGUUGGUUAGCUUGUGUUGCUGCUUGUGUAAUAGUGUCAGGCGUUCAGGUCUUUAUUUUACAUGUAAAGUAUUGUGUUGUUGAAUGACCACACACUUGAUUUUAGACGGGAAUCAUUUUGACCACUGCGGAAUCACUAGGUUAUGUGGUUUCUCUCAGACAAUGUCUAAUUUGAAUUUGUGUUAAUUUAAAAUGUGUAUUUGAAGUUCUUGAGCCAAAGUAAAAAUUAAACUAUAAUCAAAUGAUUUUUGGGGGUUUUUCAAACAUUACCACAAUGUACAGUAUGCCAACAUCUGCAUCCAGCCACCCCAACCCGCUGGGAGUCUGGCCAGCACACCAACAAAUACUGAUAUUAAUAAUAGUUACAAAGAUAAUACAUUUAAAAAAAUACGAAAGAAUAUAAAGGAAGAAGAAAAAGUCAUGGUACAAUUAAAUAAAUAGAUGAAAUGGAAACUGAGGUUAUGGUUAAAAGUUACAGGCAUCAAGUUGUAGUUGUUGUAGUGAAGACUGUUAUUUUGGUGCAGGAAUGGUUGCUAUACUCUUUGGAUUUUACUAACCAAGCCUUGAGUGAUAUACCUGAGUUUUUACAACUUCAAAUGAACCAUUUCUACUUCAACCCAGUGGCUAUGUACAGUUGUGUGAAAGUGUUUGCCCCCUUCCUGAUUUCUUAUUUUUUUUCAUGUUUGUCACACUUAAAUG